AUGGCUGUGCUUGCUUGCUUUACUACCAGUGCACACACGCCAUUGGGGUUAAAUGUGCCGAUUGGCAGAUUGGUUAUUGGACAAAAUGGUAUCUUAUCCACACCUGCUGUUUCAUGUAUCAUCCGAAAGAUCAAAGCAGCUGGAGGAAUUAUUCUAACAGCUAGCCACAGUCCUGGGGGACCUGGAGGGGAGUUCGGGGUCAAGUUUGAGGUUGCCAAUGGAGGACCUGCUCCAGAUAUAGUUUCAGAAAAAAUCUAUCAAAUCAGCAAAACCUUGGAGGAAUACGCCAUUUGUCCUGACCUCAGAGUUGAUUUAUCACGCCUAGGAAGACAAGAAUUUGAUCUGGAGAAUAAAUUCAAACCUUUCCGAGUGGAAAUUGUGGAUUCUGUGGAUAUCUACCUCAAUCUCCUUCGAAGUAUCUUUGACUUCAAUGCGAUCAGAAAUUUACUGACCGGACCCAACCAGAUUAAAAUAAGGAUUGAUGCCAUGAAUGGAGUUAUGGGACCUUAUGUGAGAAGAAUCCUGUGUGAUGAAUUGGGAGCUCCUGCAAAUUCUGCUAUAAACUGUAUUCCUCUGGAAGAUUUUGGUGGACAUCCCCCUGAUCCCAAUUUAACUUAUGCAACUGCCUUGCUGGAGGCUAUGAGAGGUGGAGAGUAUGGGUUUGGAGCUGCUUUUGAUGCUGAUGGAGACCGCUACAUGAUUCUUGGCCAAAACGGUUUCUUUGUUAACGCAUCGGAUUCACUGGCGAUAAUUGCUGCCCAUCUGUCUUGCAUUCCUUACUUCUGUCAGAUGGGUGUCCGGGGAUUCGGCAGGAGCAUGCCUACCAGCACAGCCCUGGACAAAGUGGCAAAAGUAAUGAAGAUUCCUGUGUAUGAAACUCCAACAGGAUGGAGAUAUUUUUCCAGUCUCAUGGACUCUGGACGUUGCUCGCUUUGUGGAGAGGAAAGCUUUGGCACUGGAUCUGAUCACCUUCGAGAGAAAGAUGGACUGUGGGCUGUGCUAGUUUGGCUUUCCAUCCUAGCAGCUCGAAAACAGAGUGUGGAAGAGAUUGUUAGGGAUCACUGGGCAAAAUUUGGCCGGCACUACUACUGCAGGUUUGAUUAUGAAGCACUGGAACCCAGAACAGCGUAUUUCAUAAUGAGAGACCUGGAAGCUUUGAUCACUGACAAAUCGUUCAGCCAUCAGCAGUUUGCUGUGGGUAGCAAUAUCUACAGUGUGGAAAGAACAGACAGCUUUGAGUACAUAGAUCCUGUGGAUGGCACAGUGACCAAAAGACAGGGGCUGCGGAUUAUUUUUUCAGAUGCUUCCAGGCUCAUCUUCAGAAUGAGUGCUUCUAGCCAUGUGAGAGCAACUCUCCGGAUCUAUGCAGAGAGUUAUGAGAAGGAUCCUAGCCAGCACAAUAAGGAACCGCAGGCUGUGCUGAGUCCUCUUAUAGCAAUCGCACUGAAAAUAUCUCAGAUUCAUGAGAGGACAGGGCGAAAGGGACCCACUGUCAUCACCUGAAGCCGUGGAAGAUUGUUAAACCAGGGCCAAAAAAGGAGCAGCAAGGAAAAGACAGGGCCUUGCUGAAACAUGUUAACCAUUUGUGCCUUGUAGGAUUUAAAAAGUUUUCUUGGGGAUAGAGGUAGCGUGGGAAGAAAAAUUCAAUAUAAUAUUGAGCAUAUUCAUUUGCAUUGGUCUCCAAAUACAAUACUGUAUUGAGUUCUUUGUUUUACCUGCCAUAUUUUAAUUUCAGAUAAC